UUGACUGAAAUGAGGAAUCGUAGGAUCAGUGUUGCUGAAUGAGAGUGUGUAUUUCGUAUUCAGGAGGACUGGAGUUUGUGGAAGUUUGUUCCGAAGCAGUGAGCCUGUAGCCGGCUUCGAGAUGAAAACACGGGUGUUUCUGUGGUGGUUUGUAAUUGCGUUACUUCUGUCCUGUUGGUCGGUGGUAAAGUGCCAGCAAAGAGGACUGUUUCCUGCUAUUUUCAACCUCGCCAGUAAUGCUGAGAUCAUGUCUAAUGCUACCUGUGGUUUCAGAGGACCAGAAAUGUAUUGCAAACUUGUGGAGCAUGUGCCAGGACGACCAGUACGAAAUCCACAGUGUAGAAUCUGUGACAUGAACAGUGGGAACAGAAAAGAACAACAUCCAAUCACCAAUGCGAUAGACGGCACAAAUAACUGGUGGCAGAGUCCAAGCAUUCAAAAUGGAAGGGAGUAUCACUGGGUAACUGUCACCCUGGAUUUACGACAGAUCUUUCAGGUGGCAUAUGUGAUUAUCAAAGCAGCAAAUUCUCCACGACCUGGGAAUUGGGUUUUGGAACGCUCCAUUGAUGGUGUGGAGUUCAAGCCAUGGCAAUAUUAUGCUAUCAGUGAUACUGAGUGCUUAACACGGUAUAACAUAACCCCAAGACUUGGACCUCCAACCUACAAAAGAGAUGAUGAAGUGAUCUGCACAUCUUAUUACUCCCGACUUGUCCCGUUAGAACAUGGAGAGAUCCAUACAUCAUUAAUCAAUGGAAGGCCAAGUGCAGAUGACCCUUCCCCCACCUUGUUGGAGUUUACGUCUGCUCGUUAUAUUCGGCUAUGCUUGCAACGCAUUCGGACCCUAAAUGCUGACCUCAUGACUCUUAGUCAGAGAGAUCCUAAAGAAGUUGACCCCAUUGUUACUAGAAGGGCAGUGAGCUGCUCCAGUGUUACUGCUCCAUGGUUUUUAAUCUAUGCAAACUUGGAAGUAGCAACAUGA